ACAGCGAUCUCUCUCUCCCACUCCCAGUCGUGCCUGCGGAAACGCUAUCAGUCCUUCUAGGGUUUUUUCUUUUGACAGAAAGAGCUUGGAACCUGAGAGCUGUAAUGGUGCGGUGAGUUCCGUAAAGAGCACCAUAACAACGAUAAAUGUAAAACUCAGACUCUGACGAGCCAGAGAAGAAGAGGCCUCAUUUAAACUCACUUUCGCCCACCAUGGCUCGUAGCUCCACCACUUCUCCACCCAAUAACCAUAGCGUCGAUGCAGCAGUUCUCCAGUACCAGAACCAGAGACUUCUUCAGCAAAUAGACAAACAGAAGCAUGAUUUGCAGGAUCUUGAAGCCAAAAUUAAGGAACUAAAGGAUAAGCAAGGUUCUUAUGAUGAAAUGCUAAUCACAGUGAAUCAAAUAUGGAAUCAGUUGGUUGAUGAUUUAAUUCUUCUUGGACUAUGUGCUGGAGGAAGCCAAAAUGCUUUACAAAUUUUAGAUGGCGCUGAUUAUUCUCGUGGUUCAAUUCCAUCAUGUUCUGCGGAGGAGAUGUUUCUUUGUAGACUCCUACAAAGAGAUUCUAUAGAAGCUAAUGGCAAUGAUGAAAUUGCUAAAUAUGUUGAAGAAGCUCUCACUUUGCGUCAUACGUCUACUAGGGAGUUGUUAAAACUCUUGGAACAUACCGUUUAUUCUCAUAGGGAAAAAACAGAGAGCAUAGUCCACACUUUGGAUGGAAAGAUAUGUUCUGAAGAUGCUAUCAUCCAGUUACCUAAGAUUGAUGAUAUGAUGGAGAGGGAGGUUAAAAAUCUGCGGGAAGCGAUUGAUAUUCUUCACAUGAAGCAGAAAGAGUAUGCUGAUGUAAUUCGGACUUACCUUAGCAGCCAGUCAACAGAUCAGUCUGAAAUUAGCCGCAUUACAGGUGAGCUGGAUGACAGCAUGACUGAACUAGAGGAGAGUAGGAGGAAACUAGUGAAUCUGAAAAUGCAAAAGGAUGUUGCAUCUGGGAUGCAUAACCUUACUUCUGGUGCAGUGAAUGGAACCCUAUCACCUGAAAAAUCAACAGAAAGGACAAUAAGCUUGCGGGAACUAAGAAAUUCAAUUGAGGAAACAAAGAUACUAGCAGCUGACCGCCUUUCUGAGUAUCAAGAGGCACAUGAAGAAAAUUUAACGCUGUCAAAACAAUUGCAAGAAUUUCAGAAUGAAUUGAAGGAUGACAAAUUUGUACAUUCAUCUAGACUGUACACUAUGCGAAAUGAUCAACUCCAACAUUGGAAUGUUGAAGUGGACCGAUACAAAGCAUUGGCUGAUUCUUUGCAGGCUGAUAGGGCUCUUGUUGUGAGAAGGGAGAAGGACCUAAAUGUCAAAGUAGAGUCGGCGGAUGCAAUUAGGAAUUCGAUUGACAAUACUGAUUCUAGGAUUGAAGAACUAGAACUUCAGCUGCAGAAGUGUAUAAUUGAAAAAAAUGACUUUGAGAUAAACAUGGAAGAAGCAGUACAGGAUUCAGGAAGAAAGGACAUUAUAGCCGAGUUUCGUGUGAUGGCCUCAUCUUUGUCAAAAGAAAUGGGAAUGAUGGAAGCUCAGUUGAAGCGGUGGAAGGAAACAGCUCAUGAAACACUGUCGUUACGUGACAAAGCCCAAUCAUUAAAAGCUUCUUUAAUUACAAAGACACAUGAGCAAAAGAGCUUAGCAGAUAAAUGUGCUGAACAGUUGAUAGAGAUAAAGUCUCUUAAGGCAUUGAUUGAGAAGUUGCAGAAAGAAAAACUGGAACUGCAGAUCUUCUUAGACUUGUAUGCACAGGAAAGCUGUGAAAACAGAGACUUGAUGGAAAUCAAAGAAUCAGAACGCAGAGCGUACUCGCAAGCUGAAAUGUUCAAAAAUGCAAUAGAUGAACAUAGUCUAGAGUUGCGGGUGAAAGCAGCCAAUGAAGCUGAAGCUGCUUGUCAGCAAAGGCUUUCUGCUACUGAAGCUGAGAUAACUGAAUUAAGGGGCAAACUUGAUGCAUCUGAGAGGGAUGUUCUGGAGCUUACAGAGGCUAUUAGAAUUAAAGACAAGGAGGCAGAGGCUUAUAUAUCUGAAAUUGAGACCAUUGGUCAGGCAUAUGAAGAUAUGCAGACACAAAACCAGCAUCUGUUGCAGCAGGUGACUGAGAGGGAUGACUAUAAUAUCAAGCUCGUUUCUGAGAGUGUGAAGACAAAGCAAUCACAGAGCUUUCUACUCUCUGAUAAGCAGGCAUUGGUGAAACAACUUCAACAAGUAAACACAUCAGUAGAAUCUUUAAAAAUGAGAAUUUCCCAUGGUGAAGAGCAGAUGAAGGCUCUCCUGACAGAAGCCACAAAAACUACUGAGGAAGACAGACACCUUGCAGUCAACGUGGAAACUGCUAAGUGGGAAUUGGCUGAUGCUGAGAAGGAGUUGCAGUGGCUGAAAUCUGCUGUUUCCUCUUUUGAGAAGGAACAUGGUCAUAUUCAAAAGGAUAUCAAUGAUAUCGAAUUGGAAUUACACAUUGAGAGAAGCUCGAGGAAGAGUCUUGAGGAAGAGCUCAGGGAAUUGAACAGCAUGGUUGCUGAGAUGAGUUCUGAAACUGGAGAGGCUGCAAUACAGAAACUCCAAUCUGAAAUUAAAUUUUGCAAGAAUAUUUUGCAGUGCAGUGUUUGUACUGAUAGGCCAAAGGAGGUGGUAAUUGUGAAAUGCUAUCAUUUAUUUUGCAAUUAUUGCGUACAAAAAAAUCUAGAGAUUCGUCAUCGAAAGUGCCCUGCCUGUGGAACUCCAUUUGGCCAAAAUGACAUACGGUUUGUGAAGAUAUGAAAAAUAUUUGUGAUCCCUCUCACCCUUUUUUGAUUGCUAAGCAUCUUGCAGUAAAUAGAAUAGAUUAUAGUUUUUUAUCUUCUUGUCACGGUAGCCCAAUAUAGGAACUGUGGCUUUGUAUAGCUUUGGAGGCAAUAGUUUUGUUCCCUCUGUUCUGUAAAUGAGUGUUUUAAAAAAAUAGUUAUUAUUAUUAUUAUUUGAAACUGAUGGUAGCUCCAUUGAUGGAUGACCAUAUAAGAUAGGAUUUAGUUAUCCAUUGGAGUCAAGGAUAAGCAUCUUCAGCUUUGCUUGAUGU